AUGUUUUUACCGUUCACCUCUUGCAGCUUCGCUUAUACCUCUCAGUCUUCCUGUAGCGAAUAUUGUAACUCUGGACUUGCUGGAGUGCAGCCCGAAUCUCGUUGCUUUAUAUCAGAGAUCGAAACAAUCGAAGGCAUCCAACUCUCUGCCUUUGCUGAGCCAUCCCACGCUAGCGUCCUCUCGUCUGAGUGGGACACCAGAGGGUGGACCUUGCAAGAGAAGCUGCUAUCACAUCAGGUGACCGUGGUAAUGCCCACCCAAAUGUUCUGGAAAUGCUCUCAAGGGACUUGGUACGAAGACUGCCCGCUCGAGACACCUCUGGCCCAUUCGAUUGUUGCGGAAUCCAGCUGGAGAUUUUUCGACGACGAGUCUGCGGAUCACUUCGACCGCUAUCAACACCUGGCUACAGCAUUUGUGUUUCGUAAAUUUGUCCACAAGAGGGGCGCCGAGGACGCCAUCAAGGGGAUCAAUUGCAAACUUUCACCAGGCUUAAGAUCCGCUUUCUACUGCGGCAUCCCAGGGAAGUACUUAGAUGCAGUUAUUCUUUGGGAAUGA